AUGGUCGUCACAACGAUCUCGUUGGAUGUUGAAGGCGUACUGUUUAAGACGUCAGUUUCAACCCUGACCGCAGUCAAAGGUAACUACUUCGACCGACUACUUCAGAAUGGCUGGAGAGAUCACCUUGAUAAGCACGGUCAUCUUUUCAUCGAUCGCGACGCGACGAUUUUCCCGUUGAUCUUGAAUUAUCUACGAGAUGGCAGCAUUCCUUUACCACGUGACGAGUAUUACUUGGAAAGAAUUCUCCGAGAAGCAAGAUUCUUCAAAUUACAUGGUCUAUCACGUGACAUAGAGAAAAGGAUGGAAUAUGUUGGAAGACAGAAAACCCGAGAAGCACCGAAACCACCACCUGCUGCAGAAAGUUCUACCCUUACCUCGCCCAAGAUCGAGGAAUCAUUUCCUUCACCUCCACACUCGUUUACAGAAAAAUCGCCUGCCAGAGUUUCCGCAACGUUGGAAACACCACUAGUUCCUGCACGACGGAAAGGCAAAAGCGGCCGAAACCUUGAAUCAAUCAGUCUUCCACGGAAUUUCGCACAUAUCGCCCAUGUUGGAUGGAACGGUGGCGGUGUGAUUUUUGACGAACGCCUACUCGACAAACACAGCACUGUACCGGCAAUAAUCGAUGCAGCGAAUAAAAUCGAUAUCAAUCCCGUCUACAACAUGGUAAACAGUGAGAAUGGAUCUGACAACAGUCAUACUGUUGAAGUGGUUCUAGCCGGCUCACUGAUGCACACCAAGGAUCCACUCUACAGUAAGCUCCCGAGAAAAGCGGCUAAAAUCCCUCCAAGACGUCCAGCCGAAACAUAA